AUGGCUUAUAUGAGUUCUAGUUCUUCGCGAGAGAACAAAAGUGGAUUUUGGAAGAAGAACGCCGGCGGUGCACCAGGCAGAAGUAAACCAGUGUAUGGAGCUCAGCACCCACCCCCUGUGACAAAUGUAACCACACCAGGUUGGCCAACUCAGAAAGAUGACAGAGGAAAGGGCAAUAAAAGAGAUUCCUUCCGCGACUUUGAAAAUGAAACAUCUGAUGCGUGGGACGACGGUGAUGAUGAUCUCAUCCAGAUGGCCAGCCUGAGAAUCUCUCUUAGAGAUGUGCAGACGUCUGCUAAAGCUGUGCUGGACAAUCACAGCAAGAAGUCUCAGUCUUUCAAGGACGUCAAAUUAAAUUCUUCCUCAAAUAAAAGCAGUUCAAGUCAACCAUUUUCACCCCAUCCACAUCACCAUUCUGGCGGACCGGGUCUUGCUUUGAGGUUCGGCAGCGGGGGCAAUCAACCGCUGAAACUGACCUCAAUACGCUACGUCUCCAUGACCCCACCAGAAACUGAUGCAGCACGGAUAGAUAAAUUCAAAGCAAUCUUUGCUGAGCCUUCAUUAGAUCUGACUGAACUUCGCAAACUUUGUUGGUCAGGCAUUCCUAAAGCUGUCCGACCUACAGCUUGGAAAAUAUUAUCAGGUUACCUUCCCACAGCAGCAGACAGAAGACAGGAGACUCUAGAAAGAAAGCGCAAGGAAUAUUUCGGCUACAUUGAACAGUAUUAUGAGACUAGAUACCAAGAUUUGCAUGAGGAGACAUUCAGACAGAUACACAUUGAUAUCCCCCGCAUGAACCCGUUAAUCCCCAUCUUUCAGCAGCUCAUAGUCCAAGAAAUUCUAAAAGAUAUACCUCGCAUGACCACAUUAGCCCAUUUGUUUCAAGUAAAGCCAGUUCAGGAAAUAUUUGAAAGAAUCCUGUAUAUAUGGGCCAUUCGCCACCCAGCCAGCGGCUAUGUACAAGGCAUUAACGAUCUGGUCACACCGUUCUUUGUGGUUUUUCUCUCGGAGUAUAUAGAGAAUGAUAUAGAAGUGGAGAACUGUGAUUUGACAGAACUGUCACAGACGACACGAGAUGUCAUUGAGGCUGACAGUUUCUGGUGUAUGUCCAAGCUGCUCGACGGCAUUCAGGACAAUUACACGUUUGCACAACCUGGCAUACAGAUGAAAGUGAAUGCUCUGAGGGAACUCAUCAAGAGGAUCGAUGCUCCUUUGUUUAACCACCUAGAAAGUCAAGCUGUUGAGUUCCUGCAGUUCUCAUUUCGCUGGAUGAACAAUCUACUUAUGCGAGAGAUCCCUCUGCGGUGCACCAUCAGACUGUGGGAUACCUACCAGUCUGAGAUCAAUGGCUUUGCAGACUUUCAUCUCUACGUGUGUGCUGCAUUUCUUAAAAGGUUUUCAGAAGACGCCCUGAGAGAGCAGGAUUUUCAGGGGAUUCUGAUGUUCCUGCAGAACUUACCCACACUUCACUGGAGGGACAAGGAGAUCAGCGAGCUGCUAGCGGAAGCCUACAAACUCAAGUACAUGUUUGCAGACGCACCCAGGCACCUACUGCUGAAGUCUUGA